UCCAGCCGGCGCGAGCGGGCGGCGCGCUCCGGAGGGAGAGCUGGGCUGGAGGUUUCCUGCCCCCUCGGCGCCCGCACCUGCCCUCCGCGCCCGCCGCUGAGCCCGCGCCGACUGGGCAGCGGGGGGCGCCCCCACCCCUCUCCCCCCGGGCCGGGGAGCCGGGGGGCAGCGCCGGAGCCCGGGGGGAGCGCGGCCCCGCCGGCCGGCCGGCCAGGGCCGGGGGCAGCUAGGACGGCCCCGGUCCAGGUGGAGGCCGCAGAGGGCCCGGGGCAAAACAGGGGCAGCAAUGGUGGGUCCUGACGGUGGCUGAGCCCCCAGCCCCUGGAAUAUGCAGCCCGGGGGAGCCCCAGGCAGCGGCGAGGACGCGGUGGCGGAGCGGGGCGGGAGGCAUGGUCUCCACCUACCGGGUGGCCGUGCUGGGGGCGCGAGGCGUGGGCAAAAGUGCCAUCGUGCGCCAGUUCCUGUACAACGAGUUCAGCGAGGUCUGCGUGCCCACCACCGCCCGCCGCCUCUACCUGCCUGCUGUCGUCAUGAACGGCCACGUGCACGACCUCCAGAUCCUCGACUUCCCACCCAUCAGCACCUUCCCUGUCAACACACUGCAGGAGUGGGCAGAUGCCUGUUGCAGGGGACUCCGGAGCGUCCAUGCCUACAUCCUGGUCUACGACAUCUGCUGCUUUGACAGCUUUGAGUACGUCAAGACCAUCCGCCAGCAGAUCCUAGAGACGAGGGUGAUCGGCACCUCGGAGACGCCCAUCAUCAUCGUGGGCAACAAGCGGGACCUGCAGCGCGGGCGCGUGAUCCCGCGCUGGAACGUGUCACACCUGGUGCGCAAGACCUGGAAGUGCGGCUACGUGGAGUGCUCGGCCAAGUACAACUGGCACAUCCUGCUGCUCUUCAGCGAGCUGCUCAAGAGCGUCGGCUGCGCCCGCUGCAAGCACGUGCACGCCGCCCUGCGCUUCCAGGGCGCGCUGCGCCGCAACCGCUGCGCCAUCAUGUGACAACGCGCCCGCCCGCGGCCGCAUCCCGACGGGCGGGGACCUCCCCGGGGACUGCCGGGCUCGGGCGCGGAGGGGCGGGGUAGGACUCUGACGGUCCGGGCCUGCGACGGCCCCGCAGCCGCGCGCCUCCCGGUGAGGGGCGGAGGACGAGAGAGCCUCCGGUAACUGCCCAGUCCAAGCCCUCUCCUGGGCCAGCGGUCUUCCUGGGCCCGCUGCCCUUAGUGCUGGAGUUAGCGCAGUGCCCGGCCAGGCCCCCAAGGGGCGCCUCAGCCUUUGGGGAUUGGCGGUGAGCGCGGGGUAUGGGGGUGGGGGUGGGGAGGUGCUGCCUUGGCCGGGGCCCCCACCCGUCUUCUCCAGAGAGUGUGUCUGUCAUUGCCCUGCGUCGUCUACUCCUGUGUCUGUCUGCCCAAGCGUCUGUUGGCCCUUAGCUGUCUUAUCCACCCUCCGGUCCACCUUCCCGCCCCCGGCUCCGUUCACAGGGCUCUCACUUCGUUCACCCCCUUGUCGCAGAUCCUGGCAGCUUCUCUGUGAGGCCAGCCUUUGGACCGUCAGCACCACGGGCACAGGGCAGAGAGAUGCGGGUGGCCCAAGGACCAUAGUCAGGGUCCGAGGGUUGAGGUCAAGGGUCAGUCAGGGGGAGAAGGCUGAGUUCUCCCCCUUCCAGGGAGAUCUCCCCGCCCAGCAGCCCCCAGAGACACAACAACCUACCUUCCAGCCUUAACUCGAUGGUCCAUCCCUGCCGGGUGCCCCUCAUCCCCUUCCUGACCCCAAAGCCAGAUCACCCCCUGGGUUAAAACUUUUUGUUUUCCUUGACAGUGUGGAGAGGGAAUCCCCCAAAGGAUAAAUUUAUUUCCAUGAUGCCAGAUUCCAGGCCUCUCUUCCCCCUUGCGUUGGGUGGUCUGCAAGAUUGGGGGAUGUUGGGUUUGGGGGGCUGGUGGUGGGCAAGGUGGUGCCCUGUGAGGGGGAGGGGUUAGGUUGUGCUAGUGAAGACUCUUAUCUCCCCAUCCCACUCCAAUCUGACUGCCCCAGACCCUACCUGCCUUGAAUCUCAGAUUUCUCUGAUAAAUCUGGGGAGGGGCAGAGCCAGGAUAAGAAUUAUGGAGACCCCUGUCCUUGGGGGAGAUAUGCCCACAUACCCACCCCUAGAUGGAGGCCCUCAGGAUCUGAUGCCCCCUUGUCCCAACACCAGUUGGCCCUAUGCCCUGACUCACUCCACCCCAUUUUCUCCGGCCACCUGGCCGGUUUCUACCUCUCGUCACCGGAGCUGAUCACUGUCAGUUUUGUACCGAUUUAGAAAUAACAAAAUCCAUUGAAGAUACUAGGAGCGGCCUGAGGGAUUACUGGGGUACUCGGAGGGUGGGACCAAUGGCAUGUGUCCCCUGCCCCCAGCUGAGUGCUCCUUGAGGCUGAGCCCUGAGCCCUGGUGUGGUGAGAAGAUAAGAAGGUCCCUUGUUAGAAGACGGGCAGAUAGAACAACCCAGCCUCGAUGUAGCCAAGCUGCAGCGUCUAGACCAGAAAAAUCAGGUAGCCCAGAGUGGUGAUGGAACGGAGUCUGGGGGAGGGGUCAUGGGUGGGGAAUUUAUCCAGAUCUAGUGUGAGAGGGAAUCUGAUUCUCCCUUCUACUUCCCCAGCUGAUUCUCUCUCCACCCAUGGGGUGUAUCCGCAGCCCUGCAGUGACUGCCCUGACCUGGGGCAGUCCCAUAUUCCUGGGUUCUAGUCCCUGCUCUGCUGCAUGACUUUGGGCAAGUGACCCGCUCUCUCUGAGCCUCCCUCUGAAACAGAGGAGGUGGCUCCCCUUCCCCACACCUUGGGAGUGGCUGGGAGGGUAAGGAAGAGGGCCUGCCCCCUUUUAUCCCCUGCAUCCCUGUCCCCUGGUUCACCAGGGGGCUGGGGUGAGGGAUGGCAGCAUCUCACCUGCCCCAUCACUGUCACCCCUAGCUGAGGCACCUGAGGUGGGUGUGGGGAACCCAGGCCUCUGGCUACCCCUUGUGGGAGCCAUUGGAAUGUAUUGCCUGGCCAACCCCCCUCACCCCCUCCACUGCACCCCAGGUAUUUGAUUUUGAUUCCCUGCACUCCCAUUCUGAGUCUCUGUCCCCACCCACCCAGGGUUUCCCACCACAGGGUCUGGAAGUUUGUGUGUGUGUGAUGCCCAUUGCGCUGUGAUUGGAAGUCAGAUUAAAAAUCAGGGAGUGUUUUCCCUCGUUUCUGUACAA